CUCCAAACAGUAAACAAAUCAUCAAAUUUUAUUAUACUACUCUAUCUCUAGAAAACUCAGAAAAGAGAGAAUCCAUGGCUCCCAAAGCAGCAGAGAAGAAGCCCGCUGAGAAGAAGCCAGCCGAGAAAGCUCCGGCGGAGAAGAAGCCAAAGGCCGGGAAGAAGCUCCCGAAGGAUCCCACCUCCGCCGUCGCCGGAGACAAGAAGAAGAAGCGGUCGAAGAAGAGCGUGGAGACGUACAAGAUCUACAUCUUCAAGGUGCUGAAGCAGGUCCACCCAGACAUCGGGAUCUCGAGCAAGGCCAUGGGGAUCAUGAACAGCUUCAUCAACGACAUCUUCGAGAAGCUCGCCGGCGAGUCUUCAAAGCUCGCAAGGUACAACAAGAAGCCUACUAUUACUUCCAGGGAGAUCCAGACGGCUGUGAGACUCGUCUUGCCUGGAGAGUUGGCGAAACACGCCGUUUCGGAGGGGACCAAGGCGGUGACUAAGUUCACGAGCUCUUAGGUUUGCAAGGAUUUGUAAUGGUUUUUUUAAGUUUUAACUAGUUGUCGGUAGUUUUAAGCGUUCGGGUAAUGGUAACAGGUUGUGUAAUUUGGGGAUUAUGGUUUCUUUCACUUGAAGAAAACAUAUAUGAAAGUUCUUAAUUUUCUAA